AAUGAUGGCAAAGAGUCGAUAACGCGCAAAGCAACAAAUAAAUAAGUAAAUCUAAAUAGUGAUUUAUUUCCUUACAGAGAACACGAAGAAGAGUCAGAUAGGAGGGUGAGGAAGAUGAGGAAAGAGCCGGGAGAGAGCGGGAGAGGGUUCGAGAGAGCUCCUGCGGAAACGCGGCAGAGAACAUGCGGACGUUUCUUCCCUCAAGAUGUACUUGUCUAUUGUAUUCCACAUUGUCUGAUUGCUAUUGUAAUAAUCUCGACGAUAUUCGCUGAUCGCGACGGGGGUAGAGGGUCGACACGACACAACCAGACGAGCGGAAAGCGCAGAGGGGUGUUGCCUCUGUUAGCUCUGGUUUGGGACGACAGCCUCCUGGGAAAUGCGCGUAAUCGCCGAGUCUCCAUUCUGGACCCCCUGGAUUCUCGCCGACGACGACGACGAUCGGACUUGUUUAUAAACGCGAGCGCAUCGCGAAAAAUCGACGACCAAAUUGGUCGAUGGUCAUCCAAGAUGAGCGAGAUACGAUAAAGGAAACGAUGAUGUCUUUCUUCAUGCCAUCGUAUCGGACUAAUUCACACAAAUUAUUUUCUCUGUUCUGUGUACAAAACAGAGUAAUUUAUUUAUACUUGCGAGAAAAAUAAAAAGAAAGCGCAAUCACCGAUGAUCAUAAUCUGCCAUUCAAGGCAGAACAACUCUCUCUCUCUCUCUCUCUCUCUCUCUCUCUCUCUCUCUCUCAAAGAAAUAAAAAAUAAACGGGACAAAUAUCGUUCGGUUUCCUGGCGUAAAUGAAAACCGAAACCACUGACAAGAUGAGGAAUGGAAAGAGGACGAAUAGCAAAGGUGGUCUCGCGGUGGCAUGGUACCGAGCACCCAGCGACGCGCGCGCGAGAGAUGGAGCAGGGUACCUUCACCGGGAUGGAGAGUAUACGAGGAAAGAACGAAGAAGAGGGCCGGAGCGAACGAUCGUGGCUCCGGAAUAAAGUGGAAUUCAGCGCGAGCUGAAUUAUAAACGAUAUUAUGCAAACACGGCGCCGCGGAGUGAAGAGAAGCGCGUACUCUCUCAUGCUGCGAGAGUUAAUUUGAUGAAAAACAUCAGAGGCCAGGCCAGGCGCGGGCAAGAGGGUCUCGGAGUGAAAGAGAGAGAGAGAGAGAGAGAGAGAGAACGGAAAAAGGAGAAAGAGAGAAAGAAAGAGACCGGCAAAAGACGCAUCUCGCGGCGAAAGAUCGCUCUUCGAAAAGCGAGAGCACUCUUCUCCUCUCAUUAUCCAGUCGGCUCUCCAAAGAGCUCCAAGAGUUACCUUUCUCCUCUUUUCUUUAUUCGUCUUUUCCUAUCGCUCGCAUUUGCACCACGUCGCGUUUAACGUCUCAUUUGAAGCCGACAAACAGAUCGCCGUUUAUCGCGUAAAUCGCCACAAUUGCGGCGAUGCCGUUUGUCAACAACACACUCAAUUUCCUCCAAUACGUGUUUUUCUUUAGACCGCAAAGUCGAUAAAUCACAUUUUUACAAAUACAUAUAUUUCCCUUCCUACUUAAGAGAAUUUUUAAUUUUCCAAUUCGACGUAUUUGAAACGCCGAAUUCGAGAAACGCCGAUGAAUCGGCGAGUGCUUUGUCGAAAAUUGAAAAGACUGAGAGAUUUAACUGGCGAUUAUAUCUCGACAAUGUAAUAUUUCGGGAUUUUAUUUCUAUAUCAUCGCGAGCUCUUCUUCCAAUACAAUUUUCGUACGCAAUCAAUUAAUAUAUAUAUAUCCAAUUAUUAAUAUCCUAAUAUUCUUAUUAAUAUCCAUUAACAUUCAAUCAAUUAAUACACGCGUUCGCGCAACAUUGGCGAGGAAUAGCAUCCAAGAUCCAAGAUUCUCAUAUGAUUUUCAACGAGGAGAGUUAACGUAUUAUUAUCUCGAGUCUCGUAAUUAUAAGCGUAGCGUGACAUAAUGGUAUGGUGGCACCCUAAAUUGGAACGAUGCACGCGUUCGUAUCGCGACGUGUUAUCUACUGUAUUGUUCGUGAUAACAUGUGUUUUAUGAUCGUACCGCUAUAUCUUUGCACGCCAUUGUAGACCGUAUAUAGAUGUCAACUCUUGCACGCGUUAGACGUAAAAAUUGUCGAUCGGAGGGGAAGAAAUCUACAAUUUAUCUGUAUAAACGUUAUCAAAUUCUUGAGUUUUGAGAUCGAUGGAGAAUUAAUCGCGGGAUAAACGAUGCUUAAUUGUAAAAGAUUAAUUAUUGUCGUCCCUUCUAACGAGACGCGAUAAGAUCAUUCCAAGUGUGUGCGAAUUCCUGGCAUCUCUCGCGUAUCGUGCGUGAAACGAGGGCGCGAUCAGGAGCGCAUCCCGCGGUGUAUCGCGGUAGAGAAGACUGAUCCUCCGGGCGCAGGUGCAACUCGGCCGCGAUCGCGACGUACGCCGCCAAUCUGCGCUCGUUGGGGGCGGUUCUCGGCCGGUCCGAAGGGGGUUGAGCCAACCCUACGCGGUGCAGCGUAGGUGGUAGAAGCUCGGCUCGAAAAAGCCGAGCGCGUCUACGCGCAGCUGAUAAACAGUGGUGUGACGAUGGUGUGCCUGCCAGCCGGCGUUCCGGCGUUCAAAUCACGAAGAGCCGCGAGAUCGCUCGUCGUGGCCCGUGUGUCGAGAACGUUAUCGCAUCGAAUCCAAGAUCGUGCUAUCUUCAGCGACUCGUAUACGCGCUAAUCUCGCGUGAGAGACAUCGACCAGUGUCCUCCGGAUCGUCGCGACACGAUUUUCGAGAGAUUCGAUCUGGAAAAGGAUCGGACCCGAUCCUUAUUAUUGAAGCUGAGAAACCGCGGAGUGUUUAACCGGAUUAACACCGGGUAAAGAAACUUUGACUCCGUUUUAUGAAUUUUGUAAGAGAACGAGAUAACGAUGACGUCAAUAUCAAUUGUCACGAUCGGUGCUUAUAGCAUUCUAAUCGUGGAGCUCCUGUCCGUUUGCAAUCCUUCCUCGCGUCACGAACGACGCGUUAAGACGCGUUAAUUUCAGAAAUUUCGCGUCUACAAAAAAUCCGAGGGAUUCGACGGAACUCUUCCCGGUGAAUAAGAUCGCGGAUUGGACUCUACAAGGGGUUGAACGAUGUAUGGUUUGUACAGAGCGUGGUUCGGUGGCGGUGCCACCGGUACCAGCUACCCCUGUCUUCAGGACACGUUCUCACCGCCCGACACGGUGGUGCGAGUUGGUAACGAGGGCGAGCAUCAGUUCGUCGCGCAUAAGGGCGUGCUCGCGGCUCACAGUGGAUACUUGAAAGCCCUGUUGGCGAGCGCGACGACGACGACGGCGACGACGUCGUCGACGACGAACUCGCCCUUCGACCCUGCCUGCGCGACCGUCGCCGUCACGGCGACCAACGGACAAUCGCAGCGACCAGUCACCUCCGUGUCAGUCUCGUCCAUCGGUGGAGAGGCGUUCGCGCCGUUACUCAACUAUAUGUACACCGGACGACUGGAAGUCACGCUGGACAACGUUUACAGCGUGUUGUUGGCGACGCAUUUGUUGCACAUGCCGGGUGCAUUGGAGCAGUGCAGGGCCGCGCUGUUGAGGCUACGAGCACCGCCGCCUCUACCGACGCCGAUGCCAACGGCCACGUCGACGACGACCGGGUCAUCACCGGGAACCGCCGGCAGUAUCCUACGACCCAUACCGAGCAGGCUGAUAGUAGGCCCGCCGCUCUGUUGGCCCCCGACGACCCCACUCGCGUACCCAUCGGCCGCGCCGGCACCGACUGCCAUGUCGCAUCUGCCACCGUCUAUGCAACCGUUGAUGCAACCGACCGUACCACCCGGAAUCAGCGUCGUCGCGCCGAGAGAGAAGCAGGAGCAAUGCGCGCAUUAUAGCAGUGGCGAGGUGUCAAAGUCACCGCAGUCCUCCCCGACUGCGGCGCAUCACAAACGCCUGAGACUGAACUCCAGCACGAGAUCGAGAACACCGGAGAUCGUGUCUACCGUAUCGACCCUACCAUUCGUGGCCGCGGCCGCGGCCGCAUUCACCGCGUUCGCGGUGACGAGCAGUACGGCAAGUUCGACGACGAGAGCACCGCCGUCACCGUCGCGCUCGAUCUCGCCCGCUCCGUCCUCCGUGUCGCGAACGCAUUCACCCGUGCACCACAACAGCGACCGGUCGGAACGGACGGAACGCGAGACUCAACGGGGAGACGAGGUCGAGGACCGUUCGGCUAGGUCAUCCAACGAUCAUCAGCUGCGCAAAUCGUGUGUCGCAACGUCUACCGACAGCAGACCAGCUAAUCGCAACUGUGGCAACAGUAGCAACGACAGCAACGAUACCGGGGAUGUCGCGAUAUCGGAAUACGAUCGAGUACGCUCGUCCCGUCGCCGAACCCGAAUCUCGGGCGCGAAGGAGGCUUCCACCACCACGAGCACGAGCACCUCCGUCUUCUCUGUGGUGUACGAUAUCGCGUGUUGUGACGGACCGGUGCGUUUUCACCGUGUUUUGAACGAGAAUUAUUCAUCGUCGACGUCGCACGGGCCACGUAGUACGCCGCCGACGCGUCCUCCGCCGAGGAAUUGCCAAGUGGUGGAGGGCGAGGAUCCUUCGAGCGAGAACGACGAAAACGGUGGACCACCACCCCACCACCGACGGCGACGGCGGCGGCGGCGGCGGCGACGCGAGGAGGCCACGCGCGCAGCCCUAGCAUCGACUCGAGCAACGACGGCAGCAACAACGGUAACAACGGCGGCUGCUACACCUGUGGCUACUGCAAGCACACCUUCAAAUCACAGUACUGCUACAGGAAGCACGCUAAGCGGCAUUUGUUGCCGACGAGAAUUAACGAGACGAGCGGCGCCGAUGACGGAGGUGGAGGUGGAGGUGGAGGUGGAGGCGCAGACGGAAGCGGCGGCAGCAGCAGGGAUAGCGUUAAUCACGGGUCGCGACAAGAUGCCGCGCGCGGAGCCAGACGGGAGGUCAGACUACUGGAUCUGAAUGUGCAGUACUAUCCCUGCAAGAUCUGCGGCUGCAAGUUUCCCAGUUACUACUUCGUGCACAAGCACCGGAAGCUCUGCCACGCGAAUGACGAGGAGAGGCAAGGCGCCACGGAUAGCUCUAUAGCGAAUGUAUCGAGUCGUGACGCGGACGCGUCGUCCACUCAGGAUGCUCCGUGAAAUGAAGAGACACGACCCCCUUCUUUCUCUCUUUCCAGGUAAGCUAGGUGGAUAUUAGAAAAAUGUCGCAAAUUCUUUUGCCUUUAAACGACAAAAAAAAUGUAAUACUUUGCCCUAACAUCCAUUUUUUACGUUUUUAGAUUUUUCCUUAACUGUUCCCAACGUGUACACUCAUUGGAAAGCAAAGAAGAGAUUUCCCACCCGAGAACAAGAGGAAAGACACUUUACAGAUGGAACUCAAAGUACCUAUCGAUAUGCGCGUGUGUUGAAUAUUUAAUUGCGAAUAAAGUAGAUUGGCAAUCAAAUUGAAUUGUCAUAGAAUAUAAUAUGCUGAACGUUUUACGUUUAAUAUUCAGAAUUAAAGCCUGUACUUGCGUUACCUCAGAAAUGUAUAAAUCAUUAAAAGACAAAUGUCCUGCGUGUUAAAGGAGAUUUAUAUAAACUAUUAAUUUAUGUUUAAUAGAUAGCAUCUAAUCGCGUUUCUCCCUUUAUGUGUAUUUUUUAUCAUUAUAUAUAUAUCUUGAUGUUAUGUACAUCAACGUUUUGGUACAUAUUUUGGGUGCCAAGAAACUGUACAAAAAAAAAGAUACAAGUCCGUAAGGUAGUUACAUAAUGAUAUAAUCAAAUCUUCAAUGCAUAUAUACAGUUUAAUUAUAAGAAAAGCUAUAGUGAUAAAUAAAAAGGAAUGCUAGUUUCUAUAUGUAAAAUAAAACUACUCGUAUAUAAAUUGUAUU